AUGGCCCCGAUCGAAUCUCAAGUCGGACUGCACAGCCUGUGUAUGGCAUCUCUCUCCCCCCUCCGCCUUCCCCCCACGUCCUCCCAUCCCUUCCUCUUCGCGUUGUGGUUCCUCCACGCGGUGUUUCCCUUUCCCGCGAGCCGCUCAUUACAGCUGGUAGGAAAUUUCUACCAGGAUUCUCGACAGUCUGAGCGCCGUUCCAUCUCCAGAAUGACGAGGCUUUUCCCGUCAGCGGGUCCCACGGCGGAGCUUUUCAGCUCGUUCACUUUUGACCAGGUCAUCGGUGAGGGUCAGUUUGGCCGCGUUUGGCGCUGCGUGCACGUCGCGUCGGGAAGCUGGUUCGCGUGCAAAAAGAUCCGCAAAUCGCGGCUAUCAGCGCACGAUCUGGAUUCGUUACGGAACGAAGUUGCGAGCAUGGAGAGGCUACGCGGGCAUCGCCACGUGCUGCAGCUUCUCGCGUUGUUCGAAGACGAAAAAACGGUUUACAUGGUAACCGAUUUAUGCGACGCUGGCGAUAUGUUCGCGCUCGUAAGUAAGGCGAAAGGCCUUCCGGAGCAAGCUGCGGCUGUGGUUUUCUCGCAAAUCGCCGAGGCCGUAAGAUGGUGCCACGUGCACGGCAUCGUUCACCGGGAUAUCAAGCCAGAAAACGUCCUUCUCGUUACAAGAACUUCCGAUAACGGGAGAAAGCAGCUCGAGGCUUGCUUAGGAGACUUCGGCCUCGCAUUACAGAUCCCCGAGGGUUUCAUGAUCCGCGGCGCGGCAGGCAGCGCGCCGUACGAAGCACCCGAGGUCGUUGCAUCUGAAGCGUACAGCGUUACAGCUGACGUGUGGUCUCUGGGAGUCCUACUGUACGCCAUGCUGUCAGCUAAGCUCCCGUCUUUUCCCGCUUCUUCCGCCAUCCCCGCCACUCCCCACUCCCCAUCCUCCACCCUCUCCCCCCACUCCCCCGCCUCCCCCUCUUCUCCGCUCUCGCCCUCUGCGUCCGACACCUUCCCGCUUUCGCCUUCGUCCCCGUCUUCGUCCUCGUCCCCGGAACAUCCGCGUCAUCGGCGCCACUACAAGCUAUCCCCCCUCGCUUCGUGA